AUGUCUGUAGUCAAAAGCGAUAACCAAAAUGAUGAGUGGAAAAAGGACCUCAAAUUACCAGCAAAGGAUCUCCGUUAUAGAACUAAAGAUGUAACCGAAACUAAGGGUAUCGAGUUUGAAGAUUUUUGUUUGAAGAGAGAAUUACUUAAAGGAAUUUUUGAAAAAGGAUGGGAAAAACCUUCACCAAUUCAGGAAGCUUCUAUUGCUGUUGCUUUAUCUGGACAAGAUAUCCUUGCUCGUGCUAAAAAUGGAACUGGAAAAACUGGUGCUUAUUGUAUACCAUGUGUUGAAAAGAUCGAUCCAACUGUUGACUCAAUCCAGGCUAUCAUUGUCGUACCAACAAGAGAAUUGGCCCUCCAAACAUCCCAAAUUUGUGUUGAAUUGUGCAAACAUUUACCAAUCAAGGUUAUGGUUACUACUGGUGGGACUGUCUUAUCUGACGAUAUUAUGAGACUUAAUGGUACUGUUCAUCUUGUUGUUGCAACUCCUGGAAGGGUCCUUGAUUUAAUUGAGAAGAAAAUUGCUAAAGUUGAUAAAUGCAAUACUAUUGUUCUUGAUGAAGCCGACAAACUUCUUUCCCAGGACUUUCAAGGAAUUCUUGAUAGACUUAUUGAAUCCCUUCCAAAAGGUCGUCAAAUUAUGUUGUAUUCAGCCACCUUCCCAUUGACUGUUGAACAAUUUAUGAAACAACAUAUGAAGAGACCAUAUGAAAUUAAUCUCAUGGAUGAGUUAACACUUCUUGGAGUUACUCAAUACUACGCUUAUGUUCAGGAGAAACAAAAGGUUCAUUGUUUGAACACACUUUUUAGAAAACUCCGUAUCAACCAAUCAAUUAUCUUCUGUAACUCUACUCAACGUGUUGAACUUUUGGCUAAAAAGAUUACUGAACUUGGUUAUUCAUGUUACUAUAUUCAUUCUAAGAUGGCCCAACAACACCGUAACAGAAUCUUCCAUGAUUUCCGUCAAGGAAAUUGUCGUAAUCUUGUUUGUUCGGAUCUCUUUACUCGUGGUAUUGAUAUCCAAGCUGUCAAUGUUGUUAUUAAUUUCGACUUCCCAAGGAAUGCUGAGACAUACCUUCAUAGAAUCGGACGUUCUGGACGUUAUGGUCAUUUAGGAGUUGCUAUUAAUCUUAUUACUUAUGAGGAUCGUUAUAACUUACGUCGGAUUGAACGCGAAUUGCAAACAACUAUUGACCCUGUUCCUAAGAGCAUUGAUCCAAAACUCUAUGUCGCUGAGUAUCAACUUGUCAACGAUCUAUCUAAUAUAGAUGUCAAUAAGGAUGAUGAUCAAGAUAAUAACUAA